AUGGCAUCUAAAGACGAAGAUAUUGGGUGGAAAUUUGGUGAAGCAGUUGAUGGAAAUAAGCGUAAAGUAAAAUGUAAAUUUUGUCACAAAAUAAUUAGUGGGGGUAUAACAAGACUAAAGCAACAUUUGGCUCACAAAUCGGGUGAUGUAGCUCCAUGUGGAAGUGUAUCGGUUGAUGUUAAAAGAGAGAUAAUGGCACUUCUAAUGCAAACGAAGGAUAAAAAGACGGAAAAAAACCGAAUGACUAGAGAUUUUGAAGAUGAAAUAGUAAGAUCGAUGAAUCGUCCAAUAGAUGAUGAUGACGACGAUGAUGAUGAUCCUGAAUUGGAGUAUGCUUUAAGACAAAGUAGAACCCAGCAUCAAUUUGAUCAUACUCGUGAAGCAUAUGAGCAUAAUAGAAGUGGUUUCUAUGAUAGAGGAGGUAGUAGUGGUUAUAUUCCUUCACAAAUGACUAGAUCAUUUUCAGUUGGAGUUGGGAGAGGGAGAAACACACCAUUCGAACCGGCAUCAUCUCCUUUAGCAAGAUUAAGGGCACGUGAAAUUGAACUAGAAAGGGAUUGCCCAAAGCAAAAGCCAUCAAAACUGAGUACUUCGUUUUUGAAGAAGGCAAAAAAGUCUAUCAUAAAAGCAUUUGGAAAUUUUAUGAUUGAUGCUAAUCUACCAUUCAGGGCAAUUGAGUCUCCUUAUACUAAUCCUCUCAUGGACACUAUACGUGCAUGUCCUAAUGUUCGAGCUCCUUCGGCGUAUGAUAUAGCACAGGUAUAUCUACCCGAUGAAGUAAAAGAGAUGAAAGAGUACAUUAAAUCAUUUGAGACCGUUUGGAACGAAAGGGGUGUGACAAUAAUGUGUGAUGGUUGGUCAGGUCCAACCAACAUGCACAUUAUUAACUUCCUUGUGUACUCGGUUCGUGGCACUGUCUUUCAUAAGUCAAUUGAUGCUACCAAUGUGUAUUGUAGAGAUGCAGACUACUACUUUAAGCUAAUGGAAAGAGUAGUAGAAGAGAUAGGUGAAGAUAAGGUUGUCCAAAUAGUGACAGACAAUGAAGCUUGUGUGAAGGCUGCUGGAAAGAAACUAAUGGAUUGA